ACCAGAAGCAGCAGGAAACUUCCAUCGGAGGCAGGAUAUAAAAAGCCUAUCCGAGAGCACUUUGACCUCACAGUUAAGGGUUCAUCGCCGUCAGUGCAGCGGUGAACUUCAAGAGGCUUUGACUUGUUCUUUUUUCUUACAAACCACAGCACGUUUGCAAGAUGUUGAAUUUAGUUCGAUUCCUGGCUUUGGCCUGCUUGAUAUUCAGUGGGGUUCAAUCUGAUGCGAUUGAAUCAUCCAUGUCAGCCGAUUCCGAUGUCCAAUCUUUGGCUAGCUCGUUCCGUUUUCUAGGCAUUACCAAGACUAUGGCCACUACAACUACAGUGGCCAGCAUUCAAACCGUUUACGUUCAUGCCACUUGCUUAGUCAAAUUCCCCAACGUUGAGCCUUGCUCGAAUACCCCACCGACGACGACACCGGCGCCAACCACGACUACUACCCCCACUACAACCACGACUAAGGCCCCCACUACAACCACACAGAGGACAACAACAACCAAGGCCACAACGACAACUUCAAAGCCUUGGAUUCAAAUUAUUCCAGGCUCUUCACGACCCGUAUUAACUGGAUCAGUCACGAUAAACAAGGUUGAUCCACCCAAGUUGCAGGUGAAUUUACCCGACUUUCUCGGUGGUGGUAGCGGAAGUAACAAUGGCGGCACUAAUCCGCCAGGAAGCAAUGGUGGGCUAGGUGGGCUGGGUGGUCUCUUCAACAAACCUCCUUUGAACGUUAACGUAGGAGGCAGCCUCUCGGCUUCCAUUUCCAGCGGAGGACGUCGUCGCCGUCGUUCUUCCCUGGUGGAGGAAUCGCAUAUUCAACCGUCUGCCGUCAAAAUUAUGGAAAUUACAGCCAGCCCUGAACUACCUCUUAGCGACGCUACCCAACAAGACGUGAUUGUCGAGACUUCCCUUGAUAAUGAAUACCAAGAGUAUGCCAUCGUCGGUCUAGACGAUAUUUCCGAGCGAGCCUCUAUGCCCUUCUUCGGUAAAAGAAUUACCAUCGUCAAAUUAGAUCGAGUAACAGUCACAGAAGUCACGACUGUUACAACUGCCUACCCGAUUACCAACCCCAACGACAGGGUCACCGUGGGCUACCUCGGAUGCAUUCCGGCAGAUGCGCCAACCAACUUACCACUGUGCAAUCCUUAAUUAAAAGUUUUUUAUUUAUAUUAUACUCUGUAUGCACGCCAUAUACCUUUCUAAAUAAAUGAUAAAAAAAAAGCGUUUU